AUGAGGAAUGACAGUGGAGUGAAUACCCCACGUAGUGACCACCCCGAGGACACACAAAGCCAAAUCAAUGAUACUGUCCCAUUUGGUAAACAUUUCAAACAUAGUGAAAAGUUCAAAAUAAAUAGCGUCUCAACAGGAGUAGAUUCUCACAGAAGUUCAGCAAAGUCGACUUCAAAUCAGAUCAACUUGGGAGAAGCUAUUCCUUAUACCCCGCCUAGUUUAUCCAAGAAAAAUAGCGAAAGGGAUGAUGCAGUGGAAACAAUAACCAGCACAGAGAGAGGAGAACAGGAAGAUCAUUCCACAGAAACGAACGCAAAGGAUAAUUACAAAAUAAACGUACUUAGUUUGGGGGACUACCAUCUUGAAGGUCAACACACCAGUGGUAGGAAGACAAAUUGUGAGACACACAUAUUGGGUAAGAACUUCGCAAAUGAUUUCCCCCCUAUCAGUGAUGCUACUAACAAAUCAAAGAAGGACAAACUCCUUUUUAAGAACCUCCAGAAGUUAGCUACUUCUAACGUGGAAGAAAAUUAUAACAACAUAUGGGGGGAUGAUAACAUAUUACCAUGUGAAUACAACUUGGAACAAUUUGGAGUAGAUAUUUAUGAGGAAAUUAAGGGGAACCUUUGCGGGCACUAUGGAGGGGAUACGUUCGUGGAAGGGGAGGAAGACAAAAGGAACGACAUUUUGGAGCUAACGAAGAAGCAUAUUUUUACUGAAAAUCGAGGUGACACUUCGCAACAGGACAACCUCACUAAAUGGGGUGAUAAACAGGCGGUAGAAGACAACAAACGGGGGAGCUGUACAAAUGAAACAAAUCAACUUCGAAGCAGUGGGGGGAUUAAUCCAAAGUGGGGGAUAGCAUAUGCACAAAAUGGAUUAGCAGAGAUGACCCUCCCUCCGCAUGCCACAGCUGAAGAUUUGCUCACCUCAUUUUUUCCUCCACCUGGGAGGUCCCAUCUGAUGGGGAGCGAAGUAACCACCGGUGAGCGUACCCAUGGGGGCAAGUUCGAGGCUCCCCUAAAAGACGAAAUCCUCCAGCAGGCGCUGAACCAAAACUACUAUUACGACUUAAGGAACAACCAAGUGUGGGUGCCGGGGGAGGAUGCAAAAGAAAACCUUUUGGGGGCAUCCGAAAGGGAGGGACCUUCCCCACGUGAGGAGGAAGCUACGCACGGGACGACUAUACUUGGGGAAACUACCCCUGUGGCAGCUUCCACUGGAACAAUUAACGACCAUGGGCUUUCACUCCCGUUUGACAUUCUCCCAAAUGGGGGCGAAGGGAGAACCCCCAAGUUGGAAGAUGCGUUGUUCACAAAGGGGACACAAGAAUUCCGCCUUUGGGAUGGCAGCACGCUCCUCCCAUUUUAUGCCCACCAUGGAAACUCACCUGUUCGGGAAAAGGAAGCUCCCCAAGGAGGAGUCUUUACCAACGAGAAGGAAACUUACAUGCAGUAUAUAUUAGGGGAAAAUUUUAUUUUGGACCAACUGGGGGUACAUCACAAGGAGGAAGAAAUGACAACAAGCAGAAUUGAAAACGGAGGGAACAAAUCCGUGUCACCAAACGGCGUUCAGUUCGAAAGACACUUAAGAGAGAGCUGCGAAGAAGACAAUACCGCUUUGCAAACAUAUGACAACUGGCGAAACGUCCAAAUGGGGAAUAACACAAAUUUGACGCGUCUGACCGAGUUGGAGGAAAUGAUACUACUCUCUCAGAGGAAUCGUUUUGAAGUGUCUUUAUGCGAAACGCAAGAUGUUGACUUAACCAAUUCGUGUAACAGUGGGGGGGAAAGCAGAUGGGGAGAAAAGCGGAAGGAUGGUGAAGUUGGCCAUUCGUACCAUUUCGCCUACCCAAUGUCUGGACCCUACGAUGACCAAAACUUUAACAUAGCCAGUGAGUCGUCCAACAUUUAUGACUACUCCUGUGGUGACUUUUUUCUGAAGUACGCAAUGGAACAGGAGAAAAGGAAAAAAAACAAAAAUAAAACGCUGCAAGAUGAUGGGUUCGGAAGUUCCUCAGAUAAUGUGCUACAACAACAUUGCGAUAAUCAGAAAGGAGAGAAUAUCCCGCUCAGUAGGAGGCUGUCGAAAUCUUUUGCCAAGUACACGUUAAUCGUUAAUGUGCCGUCGAACACCACACGGAAGGAUCUACUAGCCGUGUUUAGCAAAUUCGGGAAUGUAGACUUAACCAUGGUCGUUUGUGAUAAGAAAUCGAGACACCCCAACAAGGAAUGGACAGCAACAUCGGGGUACGCCUUUGUUCGAUUUUCAACGAAUCUUGAAGCCCAAAGAACUUUGAAUGCUGCAUGUGCAGGUGGAAUUCGUAUUAGAGGAAGCAGAGUUCGCGCAACGUGGGCAAAAAAAGAUUCCUAUUCGAAGAGGGAAAAAGAAAUUACCUUUAAAAUUCCCUCAUCGAUACUGCUCAUAAAUAUAGAUGAGUUUAUCUGCUCAAUAUGCAAAAUAAAUUUGUCCUAUGAACCCAUAUUAUUUCCAUGCUGCUAUGCUUCCUGUUGCUCCGACUGCUUAAGGGGAUACCUUGUCGUUCAUGCAAUUGGGGAAAAGAUAGAAUGUCCUAGCUGUUCUUUACACCUUUCAGAUGGACUAAUAAAAAUCGAUGAACAUUCCAGUGGAGUUAUGGGCCUAUUGUACAAAAUUCACUCGAACGUUAAAAUUAAGUGCCAAAAUGAGAACUGUAAGUGGGUUGGCCUCCAGCAACAGUACGUCAACCAUUUCUUUUCCUGCAAGUUUGGUGGUCUCCCCUAG